AAAAAGACCUUUCUGUUUUAUUUUCUUUUAGAUGCAAAGGACUUAACAGAGAAACAAUCAGAAGCAAACAAGGACAUGGUGAAGUGUUCCAUGCUGGGGGAUGAUUUGAAUGCUAGUAUUUCAUUCCAUGAUCACCAUGCAAGUGCCGAAGAAAAAUUGAUCAAGUCACAGAAGGAUUCAAAAGGGGAAGAAGGAAAAUUGACCCGAAAUGUAACACUCCUGCAAGGCGUGUCACUUAUUGUUGGUGUAAUGAUAGGUUCAGGCAUAUUUGUUACUCCACGUUUUGUCCUUCUGCAUUCUGGUUCGGUGGGAAUGACUCUUUUGAUUUGGAUUAUAUCUGGAGUGAUGGCAACUUUGGGAGCUCUCUGCUAUUGUGAAUUAGGAACAAUGAUUCAACGUUCUGGUGGUGAGCUAACAUACAUCCAGGAAGCUCUAGGGCCUCUUCCUGGCUUUCUUGUGAGCUGGACAAUGGUACUUAUUUUGAAACCAGCCUCUGUUGCCAUUAUCACAUUGAGUUUUGCUUCGUACGCUGUCCAGCCAUUUCUUAGGAACAACAACGCCGAACCUGAAGACCUCAUCAAACUUGUAGCUGCAAUCUCCAUCAUAAUAAUCACGACUGUGAACUGUGUGAGUUCCCGUUGGGCAGGUCAGAUGCAAAUAGUUUUCAUGAUAAUGAAACUCCUUGCAAUUGGGAUAAUAGUGGUGAUAGGAGCUUCAAGAAUUGCUAGUGGGCACAAUAGAAACUUUGAGUCUCCCUUUAAAGGAACUAAUACAAACAUUGGAGAAAUUGCACAUGCAUUCUUUAGUGGAUUGUGGGCUUAUGAUGGCUGGAACCAACUCAAUUAUGUGACGGAGGAAUUACAGAAUCCUCACAAGAAUCUCCCUCGUGCAGUAAUGAUUGCUCUUCCUCUUGUCACUAUUUGCUAUACACUGAUCAAUAUAGCUUAUCUAAGUAUUCUGACACCAGCAGAAAUGUUGUCAUCCACAGCAGUAGCUGUAUCUGUUGCAGAGAAGGUUACACCCACCCUUGUAGUUGUUAUGCCACUGUUUGUAGCAUGUUCCUGUUAUGGUGCUGCUAAUGGCUCCAUUUUUACUAAUGGAAGAGUUGUUUGCUCAGCAGCCAAACAGGGACACAUGCCUCGAUAUUUAGCUGUUAUCAGCAAGCGUUUCCACACUCCAUUACGUGCUAUAAUGUUCCCAUCAUUUAUUUCCAUUUGCAUGUUAAUUCUUGGUGAUCUGGAUUCCUUGCUGAGCUGUUUCAGCUUUGUUGCAUGGAUUUUCCUGGGUUGCACAUUCCUGUCACUUCUGGUUCUACGCUGGAAGAGGCCACAUGAGCAUCGUCCCUACAAAGUGUGGAUUGGCAUUCCUAUUGUCAUGGUGAUGAUUUCGUGCUACCUUAUUAUUGCCCCUCUGUUUGCCAAACCUCAGUCAUCAUUGUUUGCUCUGGCAUUUGUUCUAUCUGGUGUACCAGUUUACUUUAUUUUUGUCAACCGCAAUAAUUAG